CCUCACACAGGCCGAGGCGACGCCUGGCUGGGUCACUGUAGCGGAAGCUGGCUAUUCUGCUAUGGCCGCGGGGAGCGCCCCGGGGUGGGCCGUGGGGGCCCUCGGAGUGGUCUGCCUGUUGCUUCGGUUGGAUUUCAUUAGCUGUGAUUCCCAAGUAAUAUAUGGAGCUGUGAACAAGAGUGUAACUUUAUACGCAUCAAGUUUUAAACCCUUUAAGGAGAUUGUGUGGAAAAGAGGAAAGGAUAAAGUUGUAGAAUGGGAUGACCAAUCUGAAGUCAGAGCUUUUCUAUCUUUUAAAGAUAGAGUUCACUUAGACACUGUGUCGGGUAACCUCACAAUCUACAAGUUAACACGAUCGGACGAAGAUGAGUAUGGACUUGAAUCCCCAAGUGUUAGAAAUAACAGCAAGUUCACCCUCAAAGUGAUCGAGUCUCUUCCAUCACCAGCACUAUCUUGCACAUUGACUGAUGGGAACAUUACACUCCAGUGCAUGAUCCUGGAAGCUUACGACACCCAUCUAGAACUCAUACAGUACUCCUGGGACUGUCCUUCAACAAUACAGUGUCAGAGUGGCUCAAAACCAUCUGAAGCAUAUGUGACGAAGGAAGGUGAUCUUUCACAGGAAAUUCAGUGUAUCAUUAGCAAUCCAUUAUUCAGAAGGACAACAUCAAUCAUUUUGUCAGCCUGUGUCCCAAGUGACAAUACAAGGCACAGGUUUGUGCUUUUCGCCAUACUGCCAGCACUAAUAUGUGUUUUGCUGUUUUUUAAAUGUUUUCUGGGACGCCCAUAGCAGAUAAACACAGAGAACUAGGGGACACGGUUUCAAGCCCUGGUCCAGGAAGAUCUCACAUGCUGUGGAGUGAGUAAGCCCGCGAGCCACAACUACUGAAGCCCUUGUGCCUAGAGCCUGUGCUCUGCAACAAGAGAAGCCACCACAAUGAGAAGCCCAUGCACCGCAACGAAGAGUAGCCCCCGCUGCUGCAACUAGAGAAAGCCUGCACACACCAACAAAGACCCAA